GGGCCGGGUGAUGAUUGCUAUUUUUCUUUCUCCAUCACCCCAUUACAUAAUACAAAACAGAUCUCCUCUCUUCACAAUAAAUAUUAUACCACCGAGUAUUUCACACAUUAAAAAAGUUUAAAAUGUCAGCCACCCCCACUUCUAGUAGUAGUAGUAAGAGGAAGGAGACUCCAACCAGCAGCAAAAGUAGUGAUAAGAAGAAGAAGGGAGAAAAAAGUGAAAGUGCUGGGACUGAGAAAAAGUUUCGAUAUUUAGUGGAGGAUAGUGCUGACGAUAGUCACGGAGAAGAGGAAGGUCAAACUAAACCUAAGUGGAAGAUAAUCCCUACGACAAGGGAUCCUCCGAAACGGCCAAACUCCAAAUAUGUGCGGACUCGCAAGGAGAUUCAGGUGCGUGAGGAUAAGCCGACUCCCUCUUGGUGGAAAAUGACCAAAGUUUUACAGACUGCAAAGAAACAGUCCACCCAGCCGAAAGAUCAAUCCGACAACAAGUUCAGAGACUUUUUCUUCAAAUUAAACGAGGAACUCAAGAUAAAGGAGGAGGAGGAGGAGAAAGUUGAUGAAGUGGAAGUUGAGGAGGCUGUUUCUGGUCAGUCGGACAUGCUCACCCCACUAUCUGGAGCCACCCCCGAAACAAUCCAAAUGAAGAACAAUGAGUGGACUAUUGACAUGCGGGAGAGGGUGGUGAAACACCUUGAAACUAUGGGGUGGGAUGGAGUGAAAGUACCAGGCACUAAUUAUAAUGUCGCGUAUCGAGGACCGGAUGAGAGGAAGAAGUACUACAGAGAGUACUCGGCGAUGGUUAUAGUUAAUGGUGUUUAUACCAAUCCCAUCUGUGAAUUCCUGGGAUGUUUCAGUACUCAAGGGACUAGGAUGGAAGAAUUUCCAAAAUGUAAUAACCACAAGGGGAAGAACACUGGAUUUGUUGUUGCGGAGUUUACGGAUGGUGAAAAUAAACGACACGACGUUAUUUUCCAUGUGAUUGCAUCCUUUACUUUCCACGAGGAUGACGAAGAAGAAGUAAAGGAGAAGAAUACCACCAAUAAUUUAAAAAAGAUGAUUAGUGAUUCUGGUGCAAGAUCGACAAGUGAGUGUGGUUGGAAGACUUACUGCGAGGAGCGGAUUUUGAAGGGAAUGCCUAAACCGGAAGCAGUUGAAAUUGUGGGAGAACCUCGACGACGGCGAUAUUUCGACGAGGAGGACGAUGCCAUGAAAAUCUAUACUUCUCGUCAAACUGUGACCCUCUUGAAGAUGCUUCUCUGGCCCAACACCACCAUCAAAAUAAUUUGUAUCAAUGAGAUGAUCAACUUUCCGAACGGGGCUUAUUCAGAAUUCAAGGAGGAAAUGGAUUUUUGGGGAAUGGAACUACGAGUUUACGACACCAUCAAGAAAGAAGAUGCAAACAAGAUGCUUUCUCCAGUUCCAUAUCUCAAUAUGGCUCAAUCUGGGGACACAAUCGGGUCAAUGUUGAAGAGUGAGAAGAAAGAGGAGGAGGAAGAUGAUAAGAAGGAGGAAAAAAAGGAAGAGCCAAUUGCUGUGUUGUACUUUGUAUCCAAUCCCUACAUUCUCUAUCCGGGUCAGGCUAACAACAGAAAUGUUCACAGCAACCCCAACUCAAGUGACCCAGUCAUUUGUUACAAACAGCAAAUGGGCGAUGACCCUCCCUACAAAAUAAUCCCCAUUGGAACAGUGAAAGAUGGCAAUAAGUACAAGUGGGAGGCACAUCACCACGUUGCUGCAUUCUUCGCCUCUGCUCUGAAGAUGCAGAACUGCAUCAACCCGGGUGACUACGAUGCCGAAUCCUCUCAUCCCUACUAUAUUAAUAAGCAAACCAGCUCGAAAUACUUUGAUAAAAAGUCACUGGGAAUCAUCAACGAGCUUAUGAAAAAGUAUUUUUUCAUUGAUGUUUAUUUGGGGGCUAAGAUUUAAGUUUAAAGGUUGUCCUAAGUAUUUCGUUACAUUUAUUAUUUAUAUGGUAAUAAAUAUACUUACCUAGAGCCCAAAAA